CCUCCAAGGAGCUGCUGGCGUACCCGGGACACCCUGGGCCCGUCUGGGACCCUUCAAGCCCACCCAGGAAACCCUGAUCCCACCCAGCACCCUGUGAGCCCACCCAGGACACCCUGAGCCCAUCUGGGACCCUCUGAACCCACCCACGACACCCUGAGCCCACCCAGCACCCUCUCUGCUCCCGGGUUCUUCCCGGCUCCAUCCCGGCUCCAGUGACAUCACCAGCUCCAACACCGGCUUCGGUCCCGGCUAUUACUGCAGGAGCUCCACUCUCCGCUCCCGACUCCGCUCCCGGCUCCGCUCCGGUACCAUCGUCGGCUCCGGCUUCGUUCCCUUCAGCAGUGCCAAUCCCGGCUCCACCCGCAGCUCCGGCCCCGCUCCCGGUCCCAUCACCUGGAACAGCCACAGCCUCGCUCCCGGUCCCAUCUCUGGCUCCACCCGCAGCUCCGCUCCCGGCCCCGUCCCCAGCCCCAUUCCUAGUCUCGUCGUCUCUCCCGAUCCGUCCUCGUCCCGAUCUCAGCUCUCGGUCCCAUUCCUGCUCCUGAUCCCAUCCUCGGCCCCAUCCCUGCUCUCAGUCCCAUCCCUCGCUCCACCCGCAGCUCCAGCCUCGGCCUCGGCUGCUGUCCCCAUCCCUGUCACCAUCCCUGUUCCCAUCUCCAGCCCCGUCUGAAUCCCGUUUCUGUUCCCAUCCCUAUCCCCAUUUCCAGCCCCGCUUCUGUACCCCUGUCCCUGCUGCUGUUCCCACUCCCAUCCCCUCUCCCAACUCUGCCACCAUCCCCAUCCCUGUCCCCAUCUCCAGGCCCGUUUCUGUCCCCAUCCCUGCUGCUGUUCCUACUCCUAUCCCCUCUCCCAACCCAGCCACCAUCCCCAUCUCUGUUCCCAUCCUUAUCGCCAUCCCUGCCUCUAUUUCCAUCCCCAGUCCCACUCCCAUCCCCUCUCCCCCCGCCCUCCCCGUGCCCUGAUUGCCCCGGGGGCGUCCCCUGCGCGCCCCCCGCUGUCGCCACCAUCGCCCCCAAGGGCGAGCAGGACCUGCUGGCCGUGGCCGCGUCCCGGCUGCGGCGGCGGCGGCGGGUGGCCGGGGUGGCCGCGGGCGUGGCGAUGGUGCUGGUGCUGUUGGUGGCCAUCCCGCUGCUCGUGCACAGCUCCAAGGCGGCCGCGCACUACGAGAUGCUGGGGAGCUGCCGCAUGGUCUGCGACCCACCUGAGCCGCCCCCGGCCUCCCCGCAGCCCCCCCCGGGCCGCCGGGGCCGCGCCGGAGCGCGGGGACCCCCUGGUCCCCCCGGCCCGCGAGGGCCCCCUGGAGAGCCGGGCCGGCCGGGCCCGCCGGGCCCCCCGGGGCCGGGGCCCGGGGGGUACAUCCCGUCCUUCUACAGCCCCAAAAUCGCCUUCUACGCGGGGCUGCGGAAGCCCCACGAGGGCUACGAGGUGCUGCGGUUCGACGACGUGGUAACCAACGUGGGUAACUACUACGAGCCCUCCAGCGGCAAGUUCACGUGCCCCCUGCCCGGCAUCUACUUCUUCACCUACCACGUCCUCAUGCGCGGUGGGGACGGCACCAGUAUGUGGGCAGACCUCAUGAAGAACGGGCAGGUCCGUGCCAGCGCCAUCGCGCAGGAUGCGGACCAGAACUACGACUACGCGAGUAACAGCGUCAUCCUGCACCUGGACGUGGGCGACGAGGUGUUCGUGAAGCUCGACGGGGGCAAAGUGCACGGGGGCAACACCAACAAGUACAGCACCUUCUCCGGCUUCAUCAUCUACCCCGACUGACCUCCACCCCCCGGACGGGGAGGGGGCUCGGGGCGCUGAGACGGGGGUCCUGCCCCCUGCUGCUGUCCCUGCCCCACGACUCUCAGCCCCCCAUCAUAAAACCACCCCCAAACGCCCCAAAAAUACCCCUAAGUCCAGCACCUUGUCCGGUUUCAUCAUCUACCCUGACUGAUCCCCCCCGCUCCCGUGAGGUGAGGAGGGGGCUCAGGGCGCUGGGAUGGGGGUCAUGCCGCCCCACCCCCCGCAGCGCCCGCCUGUAAAAAGCAUCAAAACGCCCCCAAAAUACCCCAAAACCGCCCCCCCGCAUGUCGCCACCCCCGAGGGGGGAAGGGGGUCCCAGUGUUGUGGCCCCACCCCUGGGACACCCCCCGGGCCCCUCGUGGGGUCUG